AUGUGGUUACCAUUGGAAUUAUCCAGGUUACUACCGUCGGUAUUGAGUUUCCACUUAUGCACAAGAGGGAAGGCUUCGUCGAACUGGCCACUCAGACGACCGCGAUCAUAUCGGAGACGAUUAUAUGAUGCUUCAUUGGAACCUAUGGUACCCAAGACUCAAAGCAUGUGCCCUCCAUAUAAGGGGAUUAUCGAUUUUAUUGGCGAAUUGAAAUCUUCCUACUCAGCAUUUGAUAUGGCACUAAUACAACAUAUUCGUGAAAAAACCAAAAAUGAGGGUUAUCAAGUUAUGGGUAUUUGUCACAGGCUCGCUGUAAAGCAACGGACAGAAUGGUUAACUCGAAAUCAGCUGCGGUUAAAAGGCCUUGAAUUUCGGGAUUAUGGCAAUCGAAUUAUGAAGAAAGUAUUCGAAGGUACCCCGCUGCAGUCACUCAAUGAUACAAUAUUUGUAGCCACAAACGCCCAACUUUUUGGCAAAGAUAUUAAUGCAAUUAAAGCGGUUAUAACUGAGUGCGAAAAGAUUGACUGGCUGACACCAAUAGCUGUUAUUUAUGGGUCUCGAAUAUUGUCGAUAUCGGAAGUGAAAGAACUGUGCAAAUUGCCAUCACUAGAAGAUCACCGCGUUCAAACACUACAACUUUUAUCGGUACCAUCUAAUGAACUCACUUCGACACUUAACUAUCAUGUCGUGGAUAUGAUUGGAAUCCUAAAUUCUAUGAAGAAUCAAAAAGAACCACCAUUGUGA